AUGGUAGCUGAAGAACCUCCAGUAGACGACCAGGAACUUUAUUCCUCCUGGGCAUUACUAAUACAGACGUCAUUGUUAGUUGGUGCUCUUUGGACAAGUUAUUACCUUCAAAUCAAAAAAAUUCGUGCAAUCCAUGAAACGGUAGUCUCAAUUUUUGCUGGAAUGUUUGUUGGUUUGAUCAUUCGAUUGUCACCCGGUUCAGUAAUCCAGAAAAUGGAUAACUUUUUCCGAAAUUUUGGGACAAUUCUGACUUUUGCGCUAGUCGGCACUUUUAUAUCGGCAUUGGUUACUGGGUUCCUCGUUGCUUUCCUAGGUCUCAUUGGUAUUGUAGCUCUCUCGUUUUUAGAUUCUAUGAUAUUCGGGGCUAUUUUGUCCGCUACGGAUCCUGUGACCGUGCUUGCAAUUUUUCAGACUUUCAAAGUCGAUCCAAAAUUAUACUCUGUUAUUUUCGGAGAAAGUAUUUUGAAUGAUGCGGUCGCGAUUUUACAUAAAUAUCCACCGAUAGAGUCUUGCAUGAUUGGUUUGAUUGCGUAUAACUCUUAUUUUCUUUCUAACGGCUUACAGAUGUCUGGCAUUGUGUCGCUAUUAUUUUGUGGCAUCACACUAAAACACUAUGCCUAUGAUAAUAUGUCAUUGAGAACUAAACGCACUACUAAAUACAUGUUUCGCGUGAUGGCUCAACUGUCCGAAAAUUUUAUAUUCAUUUAUUUGGGUUUGACGUUAUUUACAAUGAACCUAGAAUAUAAACCAGCUUUUAUUUUCUUCACUAUGAUUAUAAUUUGUGUAUCCAGAUAUUGUGCAGUAUUUCCACUCUCGAAUCUUAUUAAUGCUGUAGCUAGAUACAGAAAGCGUGCAGAGCAUCUUCCGCAUGCGCAUCAAGUCAUGUUAUUCUGGGCUGGUCUUCGUGGAGCUGUCGCAUUUGCGUUGUCAGCAGGCUUGGUUCAUGAAAUGCGUACCACGAUUUUGGUUGUGGUCGUGCUGAGUGUGAUUGUUUUUGGUGGAACUACUAGUAGAAUGCUCGAAAUCUUACGCAUUCGAACAGGAGUCGAAGAUGAAGAUAGCGGUGACAGUGAUUACGAAGAUUCUUCAUUAGGAGGAAACAAAUAUGAUGCUUUUGAAGAUGUAGGUCAUCAUCGACAUCUACGAAGUCGAGGGACUAAUGGAAAUACUACAUUCUACUUUAGUCAUUCACCGGAAAAUUCUUUAGGUUCUGAUGAUAGUAUAAUAUCAAUUGAAAAUAAUGGUCUCUUAACACAAUCAUCUUCGGCUGCAGCUAGAGCCAAAGCUGAUCAAGCACAUUGGUUUAUAUCAUUUGAUAAUCGAUUUUUGAAACCUUUGUUUUCACGUCACAAUUCUGAUCAGUCAUCACCUGCAAAGGAACAAUGGCGGCAUGAAAAUCUUAUUCGAAGAGGUGUAGUUGGUGGAGGUCUUCGUGUUCACCCUAGUAGCGGUUCAUCAUCAGAUAAUAGUAAAACGAUUUCAUCUGCAGCUGCAUUAAAUGAGAGGGAUGUAGGCGAUGGGGGAGGAAACAACGGAUCGGAACUUUUAAGUAUUGCUGGAACGAAGUUUGAAUUGCCACCAAUUGAUAGUGGUUCCAGUUUCCUGAAUAUCGCGGGUGUUGUUAGGAGCCGUAAUAAUAGUACGGAGAAUUUAUCACUUCGUUCAAUAACACCCGUCAAUACAAGUAACAGAAAUCUGGAAACAUCAACAUCAGCCGCACCACACCCUACCAAUCACGACAGCAAUAAUAGUAACAAUAACAACAGUAGCCGUAGCAAUAUUAAUCAUGAACGACAUGUUUCUGAUGAUGAUGAAAAACCUUUAUUGGAUCUUUCUUCUAAUUCUUGA